AUGAUGGCGGAACAGAUAGUUUCACCUGUCGAAGGAUAUCCAAAGCUUGCCUGUCACAUGGGCAGGUAUGAACAAAGCGCAAUCUACCGCAGAUUCGGCAGCCUGAAUUCGCAAAAUAUUCUCUACUUGCAAGCCGAGCUCGUGCAUUUAGAGAGAAGGCUUCGGCGUGCCGAGAAUGAAGAUUCUGCGUCUCCAGACGGUAACAGAAGCAAAUACUCGCGGGAUUGGUAUUGGUUGAACAGCUACGCUACUGACGAGGGAAGUGAUCAGUGGGAAAUUAUUCUCAACAUACGACAUAUGUUGAAAGAUUACAAUAAUGCAAUUAUUCAACAGUCAGUAAUGAGCCAUCUGGCAGAUCCAGGUCAUCAGGACUUGAGGUGCCUUCAGGAGUGGCUCGUAAGACCAGGAAUUGCAUCAUACGAAAAAGAUACAUUGCAUAAAUACACAUCACACAUUACGACGAUAGUCGCGUCGUUGUUGCCAAUUCUGUCAAUUGUUGUGUUGUAUUGUGUAGGCUCGAUGAAAGCUCGGCUUGGACUUGUCGCAUUCUUCACUUUCACGUUUGCGGCUGCGCUGUCGUUCUUCACUGGUGCGAAAAGAGGGGAGAUCUUUAUUGCGACUUCGACGUUUGCCGCUGUUCAGGUUGUUUUCAUCUCGACUGGAAAUGAAGGAGGUUCGGUUGGAGUAGUAAAUCACUAGAAACAGUUUAGAAUGUGAUUCAGAUAGACUUAUGGCUUUAUAAUGCUGUGGAUGAUCAAUUGAGGGUAAGUGGGACAGUGGUAGUUGUAAAUAAAUUUGUUUUGUCUAUCUUUCAACA